CGGUAUUGCCGUGUUUACCGGCACCAGCGAACUGCUGCCGGAUGCUGCUACCGUUCCUCUGUAUUUUCCUCUUGCUUGGUUGGCUUGCUGUAGGUAUCGGUAGGGCACGGUUUGCCGUUGUUUGGUAGAAUGCUAGAGCUGCAUGACGGUAACAAAAGCGGAGGCUGGAGUAGUUUUCCGGGUAGUUUUGGAAAGAAGUGGUACGAAACCACAAUGACAAAAUUAAUAGUUAUUUGAUCACACGACAAUCGAAUGUGCAAAGAUCUCGAAUAAAAUCAUAGGCAAGGAACUCUUAAUUCUUUUAAUAAGCUAGCGCUGNCGAAUUCUUCGCGGAUGCAGUGCGCCUGGAAGUCCCAGAAGGAUGGUUAAAAGAGAACGCCCGAGUGUGGGGACGUAUCUCCUCGGCAGACUACCCCGUGUAGCUGUCCUCAGAAUAGAAUAUCCACACUCCAAUUGCUUUCUUUCUUGAUAAUACCAAUGUCCACCCUCAUUCGCUACUCCCGUAAUACAGUGUUUUCCUUAUGUAACUUGCAUCCAAGUCGGCCGUUCGCGAGCCGAUAAAAAACCCCGAUUACGAACAACCAAUCAUGCCCAAUCCCUCCCUCCUCCGACGAAGUCGGAACUUUGCAUCAUUAUUUGGGUCAAUGGUGGUGGUAGGCUCCGAAGUCUUCCACAAGAAGGCCUCUUGGGUCCUUUACCACAGCCCUAUUGAUUCACGAUCUUUUGGUCUAUUCGAUGAUCAAACUCAUUCAGAGAUCUUCUUUGCAUUAAGUUCGUUCGGAUCUAAUCCACUGUAACUGUGGUUGUAAGUUGGAACAUUUUGGAAGGUAGCGGCUGUAUCCGCGUAUGACAAAAGUGGAUGUGUUCUGAGCAAAGAAGUCGUCGAGAGAUCAAAGAAUGUUAUCAUGGCUGGCUGGGGUUUGGCGAUAAUAGUUAUUUGAUCACACGACAAUCGAAUGUGCAAAGAUCUCGAAUAAAAUCAUAGGCAAGGAACUCUUAAUUCUUUUAAUAAGCUAGCGCUGAUAUUCAGUUUGCAAAAAUUUCCCUCCCCUCCCUCCCAGUAGUAGUAGUAAUGCCAGGCCGUUGGGAGCGCAUGCAGUCGCAAGAGGCGGUGGCAUGGGCGAGGAAACCGCCAAAAGCCUCGCUCAAGCAACAGCUGGAGCAAAUAAAAAGGCCGCCUAUUUCCGGACAUCCGGAAGUCCAACAAGAAACAGAAGAACAAGUCUUAGACAACCUACCAGAACUCCCGGAAGAAGUAGUGCAGGCCUUCACAAUUGGUCCUCAGCAGCCCCCAAACCAAGAGCGCCAUGGCAUUGAUGUGGCUCCUUUGCCGUUGCAGGUAGAAGAGCAACAGAUUGCGGCAGCGCAAGGUCUGCAGCUCCAAGAGGUAGCCAUGCCACCGCUAGAAGAAGCAACCUAUCAAGCGGUUAAUGAUAUCCUGGACGAUAUGCAGGAAGUUGAAAUGGAACCAGGAGAACAGCCACCACUUCAUCUGUUGCCGCUAGCUGCGGGUCAUACAGUGGCCCCACAGCAAACCCAGAGUGAAGCAACAACAAACGCAACGCCAUUUAGUAAUGGUAUGACUACUACGAGUUCACUGGCCACAAGUCAGCCACAGGUGGUUACGGGCACUUCAGGGGCCUCGUCCUCUACGCUAGCGCUUGCAUCAACAACCCUUCCCUCCCCCCCUUCUUCUAGUACACCAGAGGCUGGUGAGGUAUCACUUUCAAGUGAGCCUCCUAGAAAGUUUACUAGGCCCGGGAGAAACGCUCAAACGAUAGUGGGUGCAAAUUUACCCGCCGAAGCAAGACGUUUGGGCCCCGGCCAGCUACUCUCAUGGAAAGAAGUGUUGAAGUUUAUUAGACUUUCUUGUCAGCAGCGACCAGAACUUCUCCCGGUCGGCCAUCCAGCACCACCUGUACUGCAGAAGGCGGCCGGCCUGGACGUCUUCAUGGACAAACUAAAUGGGCACAUUUCCCCCUUUGAUUUGCAGUCGAGGCUCUCGGGGGCUACGGUCAAGUCUUACCAGUUCGCCUUAAAGAAGUACGUCGAGCUUAUGUGGGCACUAGAUCUGGAUGCUCAUCCGGAGUAUCUGUCUUCUUCAUCGAUACGACUACUAGCUACAGCAUUUCAAAAAUGCAGCAACUUCUCCAAAUCAAAAGCGCAGUAUGUGGAGAAUAUCAAGUGCUAUGCGGAGCUGAUUACAACGUUGGCGAACAGCACCAUAAAAACCUUCAGUCAAAUUUUCAAGAUGUUCUGGAAGGCCAAGCCGGUAACUUCUCAAAGGCAAGGCCUUCGGCUUAGUCACAUGAUGGCACUAGCUUACUCCGUGUCAUUAGCUCCUUUAUCGAAGUUGGAGGCCCACGGCAAAUCCUUUUCGGCGGCCAAUUUCUUAAAUUUCUGCAUCUUUGCGUGGUUCUUUAUGAUGCGCCUGGACGAGACUUCAACGGCCACGCGCACGGCUUACCAGGGCUUUAUCCGUUUAACGGUAAAAUCAGCAAAAAACAAUAAUCUGGGAGCCAAGCCUCAGGUAGUAGACCUAGCUUGUUGCUGUGCAACAGCGCCAACACUUUCCGGUGGCUACAUACGUUUCUGCCCCCGAUGUUGUUGUAAAGAAGAGGUUUUUAAGUUUUUCGCAUGCCUGCCGCCUAGAACGUUGGCUGUCCUCCUGGAACAACUCCUACGCUUUGGAGGCCUUGGGCCAGGCCAGGAUGGGCUGGAAUCGCUUCGGAAAACCUUCGAGGUCAGUGGGCAAUCAGCUUUGGCUGGCGCAGAAGCUUCCUCAUCCUCCUCGAUUCCGUCAGCUGGAAGUAACCAACUUGCACAAACUCCAUCUUCGGCAGCUUUUGAGAAAGCAAAGAAAGAGUUUUACCUUCACUCCUUACGCAUAGGAGGAGCGAAAUCGGCAGUAGAUGCGGGGCUCUCCAAUGAAGAAGUGCGCAUCAUUGGUCGAUGGGACUCGAUCCAAAGCGCGGAAAGAUAUAUUGGCGAUGCGAGAGCUUUGCCUGCGCCAGCGGCAAUGCCUUGGCCUCUCCGGAAAGCAAAAUUGUUUGCUCCUGAGUGUGCCCGGCCUGGCUCGUCUUCUUCCUGGUCAAUCGGCCCUUGCUUACCAGCCCCUUAUUAGGGUUGUGUCGCGGUCCUUCAAACUGCAGUUUCAACUUCAACAUCAAGAACAAAAUUCCAGUACUAGCCCCCCAAUUAUAGUAAUAGCUAGUAGAGUUACCGUUCAAAUAAUCAAUUAUACAUUAGCAGGCUUAAUGAGAGCUUGGUGCUCCUCAGUAUUCGAGAAACUCAGCGUAAGCACUCAAGGGGGCAGCUGAUUAACUUUUAGUCUGCUAAGUAAAUCCUAAAAUCUCAAAAUGGCGACGCAAUUUGGUCCUCCGGAACAACAAGAGGCAGCCUUUGCGGUUGUUCAACAGAUGAGCGACAACAUGUUACGCCAAGCUGCCGUACACGAGAACGAGGGCUUGGGAGUGCCAACAGAAGCACAGGUUGCGUUAGUGGCCGAAAAUUGCGCAAAUUUGCGGUGCAAGUGCACAUCGCAGCAGUACCUUUUUGUGCUUCGUCAGCUAGCUUCUCGCACUUACGAGAAACUGACGAAACCCCCCCCCUCCCUUAACCUACACCCAAUGUCCCUAGUAGCAGCCCUGCGGUGCACUGAUAUCCUGGAAGAUAGGCAUGCAAAUGCCAUCAUGGACGCUGUGUCGCAGGCCGUAACAGGAUCCUUUGACCCAAAGGCCGAAGAAGUGAAGUUGGAGUUGACGACAGUGUAUGACAUCUUUCUCUCCACACUGAAGAUAAAUCUACAGAAUCUAGUUCCAGUAGAAGAGGGCGACAACUUACAACAGCGGCAGUUGAGAGCUACGAUCGGGACAAAUUUUUUGCCGGAUUUAGUGCAGCAGAUCCACGUGGAACGUCGCCGCAUUACGGUAGAAAGGGAAACAAGAAAGGCGGUAGAAAAAGCUGUCCAGGAGAAAAUGAAAGAGAUGAGUGAGAAGCUAAAUGCAAAAAUGAAGCAGAUGGACGCAGAAAUACGAAAUUUAAGAAAUCGGAGAUCGUCGCGGUCUCCACGCCGAGGACCAUCAGCAAAAGGAGGCAAACACGACUCAAAAGGUGAUUUAUCAGGGAUCAUUUGUCUGAAUUGGAUGGAAGGCAAGUGCGCGGGCACAUUGUGCCCAAAAGGGAAAGCCCACAAAGGUGAGGAGAAAAAGCUAGAGUUUCUGAACUCGCGCUACUUAGGAGGAAAACUCUCCAAAGAACAGCUCAAGAGGCUCGCAACCCAGUGAAAAACGGUCUCGACCCUACCCCGAAACCCUCCUCCUCCUCCACAUAGUUUAAAAGUGCUAUCUAUAGCGCAGAUCCUUCAGUCGGGCACUUGCUAGACCAACUGCCACCCGCCCUUCCCCUUUGCAAAUCACAGAGUUCCCCUUUUCGCAAUAGAUGACACCAAAGAUAGUAUGCAACUUGCUCGAUUAGAUUAUGGAUUUAGUUCAAGCCCCCGCUUUGGAACUUUAUCCCCCUCCAGAAUAUCAAACUAUAUCUCUAUGCAAAUUUUUCCCCAGUUUUUGAAAAACCCAACCCCAAAAAAAAAGGAAGCCUAUUAUUUCAAGGCCUCGUCUGCCCGAGAAGCAGUCUCCUUUGUUCGGUUUGGAUCUUGGGUUGCUUGCUCAUGUGGAGCGCAACUUCUACCAAGUUCCCUCGUUGAUCGCUGAGUUGUCGCUUGCUGAAAAUCACAGCUUGAGCUCUCAAAUAAAUUCCAGCUUCAACUGUCCAACAGAUACACUUUCAGCGGCUAAGAUCCUUUAAUACGGUGCUGGCGGUUGCCUCAGUCUACAGCUAAUGUUGUGGUGCGCCUAAGGUCAGAAUCUACAGCCAACCACUCCCAAUAACAAUUCAUCUCAUUCUCAACGGUCCCAGCAUCAUACUCGACAGGUUUCAAAGGGAUUCAUUCCCAUGAUCAGUCAUAAUGGCGUGGAUUGAGAUAGAGGUCUCAGCAAUUAGGUACUCACAAAACAGCAUUGGUAACACUUUCAGCGCGGGCCCUUUCAAAUACAAACCCGUAUUUUCGUCGCUUGAAUUUGUUCAACAGAGACGAGAUAUUGCGAAUUGUGGCCUAACAAUUAGAGUCUACAAGUUUGAAGGUUUAUACUUCACGAUUAAUAAUCGCUCUCUUGCUGCCUUACGGAAUCUAAAAAUUAAGAGAGGCUGGCGCUCUCUUUCCGUGGUAGUUGAAGUGGUUCAAUCUGACAACGAAUUGUGGCGGCAUACCACAAAAAACAAAGGUCUUUCCAUUUCGGUUAGAUAAUAAUUUACUUCACCUCCCCUUCCCUCAUCAAAAUGGUCUUUGGUCAGUACGAGUCACCAGCGGAGCGUCGCUUUCGCAGGGACAACAACAUGCUCCCACAUGAUUUCUACGUGGCUCCCGACCGUUUGGAAGCUCAACGCAACAAGGAACGCCAUUUGUGGCGCGAGUUUGAGCGCGAUCAAAGUCGCAGGGCGAAUGAGCUUCGUCAGACGAAAGCGAAGGAGUUAAUCUCCUCCAGUGAGUCGGAGUCCGACUCCCAGUGGUUCAGAGAAGAACCACUUAAGAAGAAAUUUCCCACCCCCUCCGCUCUCUUCACCCCGAACCACAAGUAUCCGAUGAUCCAACCACAACAAUUGGUGGAAUCGGACAAACAGCUCAGUGACUACGAAUCGGGAGAUGACAUUUCUCCCUUGGCCGACACUUCCGGUCAACAACACAUCCUUCCGCUCCCCAGCUCAUCCUCCAAUCCGGUAUACGCGGCUUUCUCGGUCGGAAAAUGGGCAGCAAGGACAGCUGCUACAGCCAACACCAAGCCGAAACCGCUUUCGGCAGAGCAGUACAACUUAUUUUCUAGUCGGCCAGAUAGUACUCCCCAAGAGUUGCUUGCAGCCGCAAAAGAAGUAGAUCUACAAGAUGGCGACAGCCAGGAUGUGGAGAUGGUAAGUAGUCGCGAGCAAGACCUCGAUGGUCGAACACCACGCGAACGAAAGAUGAUUUUCGAUGUUCGCGUGACUCCGGAGCAACUAGCAUCAACGGACAAACACUCGUUACAGUCCGAUCGCCAAGCAACGGUGGGAAACAACCCGUUUACGCCCAAGCAUACAGAUUCGAGCAACGUUCGCCGCAGGCUUCGGGUACACAGUGACUCACUGUCCGAAUCAGAAGAACUCCGGGAUAAGGGUCCGCCGCUAAAGCGAAUGUCGGUAGCUCAACAAGAGCGCCAGGCAUCGCGCCCUACGUCAUCGGCACUUCCCCCCUCUCCCAACGAACCGGCACCUGUGCGCAUAAUGGCCAAACAGCCGGUCCUUCUGAUGAAAGAUCUGAAUCAUUACUCUUUCCAGGAGCACGGUCGCGGGGUGGCAUACGAUGAUAAUCAAGAGGUAAAUUACGAACACUCGUUAAAAGUGGAUGACGAGCGCAAUUACGGCGUCCACUCGUUGUUGCCGGAGUACUUCGUGAACACGAUCAACUAUGUAAAGCGCACAGAAGCGCAAGACAUCAACGAAGGAUGUAAGCACAUUGGAAAUUGGUUAAUGCACUUGGCGAAGAACUCGCAGGAAGCGAACUCCCAUGUCAUCGCCAGUUUGUCGGACCACGCGCAGGAGGUCUAUCAGAAUAAGAACAUCGUGUUCAUGGACAUCCUCCUCCAAAAGGCCGCGCAGCGUGCAGAAACGUAUGAUCCAGUAAUUAAACAAAACAAAAAGCAAAUCUUGGACUGGACACGUCGGCUUAUGGCGGGGAUCCCGAUGGAAGGAGACAUUCUCCCCUCUGGUUUCUGGAAGCUCCUGGAUGUCGAAAUCCCAGACGCAAAGAAAGAAAUCGCAGAAGCCAUGGCUUCGCGAGAGCACCAAGUCCCUCGAGAGGACCAUUGGUGCGAAGAACAUCUGGUAGAAGAAAUGUGGAGUCAAAAAGAAAAAAUGGUGGACAAGAAGCUCUGGUCUCCUAUGGCCUUCGACAAUCUCACGAAGGUUGGGGCUGCAAAGGCUUUUCCAGUGGUGCAGCCUGGCAAGGUGCGAGUGUGCAUCGACUUCAGAUCUGCUAACAAGCUCCAGAUUCAACGGGAAAAAAUGAGGAUUCUAGGAGGAAAAGCGGCUCUCGAAAUCGCGUGCGCACUUGCGUCAGAUCGUAUUCAUUGGCGUAAGCGUCCUCUUCUCUUACAAUCCAGAGAAGACACCAAAGCGGACAUUCUGACCGAAAAAGAAAUCCGCGACAACGUUGUGCGGGCAGAGGACUUCGUGUCCCAUAAGUCCCAGCCCUUCAAUCGCGCAAUGUCCUCCGACUACGGCGACAUCUUACCAUCAGAUUACGCGUUUAUCCCGCAUUCGGGAAAACGCGACAUGGCAAGCUAUUACUAUCAACACGCGUCGCGGGUCCCCGAGCAAAACGCGGUCUUUUUUCCCGUUCCCCAUAAGGUGAAGACGUCGGAUCUCCCACCAGGCACCUUCAAGACGGUAUACCUCGGCAACAACAAGUCUCGCAGAUGGUUGCUCAUCAAGUCCAGGGUCGCGCUGUUCGGGGCUCUUUCAUCGGUGCACGAGGCAGUGAACACUAGUGAAAUUAUGCAGCUCAUCUGCCAUUCGAUCUUGUUUGUUAUCGUAACGUGGUACAUCGACGACUCCCAUAAUCAAUCAAAGCCUCAAGCGCUGAUGGCGCAGAUGGCUCUCAUCGACCUUUUUCUCGACUUAGGGGGAUGGCAGCAGUCUUUGGAAAAGAAAGACCAGCAUCACAAGUUUCAGCGGUCCUUAGUGGUUUUGGGCCUCUCAUACCGACUAUCACAAGAUCGACUACUUGUUACGCCGGAUAAUGAGAAAAUUCUCAAGUGUCGAAGGGACGGCCUUCGCCUAAUCGACCAGUUCGAUUCGAAGCCACCUCGAGUGGAUUUAGACCUCUUAUUAACUUUUAGAGGCCUUUACCGCCACGUCGCGCAGCUCGAUCGUGUCAAACUCUUUUUUGCGAGGAGCCUGGACAAAUUCGCGUCCAAUUUCGACAAAGCGAAAACAAGCGUCCCCGAAAGGCGCCGUGCGCUAAGUGGCAUACAGCUCAUGGUGUGGGCUCUCGGUUUCAUCAGACCUUUUGAGGUCUCGACGGGGCGGGUGGACAAGCCUAUAGCCCAUGCUUACACCGACGCCGCCGGUGAAGACUUUCAGGGACUCAACCAAAAGCUGCGUGCGGGCCAGCUAACAGACCUUCAUGGUCAUAAGCUUAAGAUUGGAGGCUACCUCGCCCACCAAUCAGGCCACUUCAAAUGGUCCAUGGACCUGCACUCCCUCCCAUCCUUUUUUCGAAACGAAAAGAUACACAUUGGAAUCUUGGAGGCUCUCGCAGCUGCGGUGGGUCAGAAACUUUGGUUGGACAUUGUGCAAAACGAUCUAGUGGUCCUACACCUGGACAAUGUAGGCGACGUGUUCGCCAUGGCAGCCAACUCCUCCAAAUGUCCACGCACGCAAGCCAUCUCUCACGGCUUCCACCGUGUUCAGCAGGCUAAAGGUUUGGAUACCUAUUUCGCGUGGGUCUGCUCUAAGCGCAACGUCUCGGACCCGCUCACGCGAGAAUAUCGGGAGCGCAUCCUAUCCGAAUUCUUCGCGGAUGCAGUGCGCCUGGAAGUCCCAGAAGGAUGGUUAAAAGAGAACGCCCGAGUGUGGGGACGUAUCUCCUCGGCAGACUACCCCGUGUAGCUGUCCUCAGAAUAGAAUAUCCACACUCCAAUUGCUUUCUUUCUUGAUAAUACCAAUGUCCACCCUCAUUCGCUACUCCCGUAAUACAGUGUUUUCCUUAUGUAACUUGCAUCCAAGUCGGCCGUUCGCGAGCCGAUAAAAAACCCCGAUUACGAACAACCAAUCAUGCCCAAUCCCUCCCUCCUCCGACGAAGUCGGAACUUUGCAUCAUUAUUUGGGUCAAUGGUGGUGGUAGGCUCCGAAGUCUUCCACAAGAAGGCCUCUUGGGUCCUUUACCACAGCCCUAUUGAUUCACGAUCUUUUGGUCUAUUCGAUGAUCAAACUCAUUCAGAGAUCUUCUUUGCAUUAAGUUCGUUCGGAUCUAAUCCACUGUAACUGUGGUUGUAAGUUGGAACAUUUUGGAAGGUAGCGGCUGUAUCCGCGUAUGACAAAAGUGGAUGUGUUCUGAGCAAAGAAGUCGUCGAGAGAUCAAAGAAUGUUAUCGUGGCUGGCUGGGGUUUGGCGAUAAUGAGCAAACACAGAUCAUAGCGAGACACUUAAUAGAACAAUUUAGUAGCUAUCGAAGAUUGGCGUUUGGAGUUUCUUUCGAGAUCUUAUUGGAUGCACGUUUUCUAAUUCUAUUGCGCCCCUAUGUAGUAUGCGUAUGAAAUAUGACGAUGAAGAUGCUUUUUAUAGGAUCCACAUGGACAAUGCCUUGCACAAACAGCUUAUCGCUUCUGCUUGCUUGUGCUAUGAAAAUUUUUGAUUUUAUUUGAAUAUGCUAAGUAGAUACUGCAAAUCCUGACGAUUGGAGCUCAUCAGAAUACAAUUUUGGAGUAUCAGUUUUAAAACUAAAGAUGCAACUACGAGGUUUUGGAGAUUUGAUUAUGAUUAGAUCUGCAUUUGAGAUGAUGCACUUGUACGAACAUGCCGAGAUGAGAUUCUCAGCGAUGUGAUCGUCAUCUUCAAUCCUCGAACUGUUGAGAAAGAGAAUGUGUUUCUAUGUAUACCCUUCUGGGUAACAAGCAAGAGAUCUUCA